GACGGAGCAGCAGUUUGCGGAGCUGGUAGAGUAUAUUCGACGGUACGGACACGUUCUGGAGAAGGGACCGAUGCCGGCGAAUCGAAGCAGCAAUGGCAAGGGCCACAGCCAGUUUUUCUUCCCGACGUUCAACUUCGGCGGUGGCGAUGGACAUCAAGACGAUUCAGCAGACGGCUACACUGGCGGAGGCAUGGCAGCAUCGCGGGCCCCCUCGGCUCCCUGGGCGCCUACUGCUGCAGCACCGCCGGCGCCAGUUCCGUGGCGGGCCUACUAUGGCAACGAGUACGAUGAUAACGACACGGACACCGACGACGACGACGGAGAGGACUUGGACGGCUCGGAUUUCCCGGGGCAGAUCGGCCAAGACGACGCGGUCAUCCAGCAGUACCUCCACCAGAACUACGUCUUUCAGAAGAAGCGCUGGCGACGGUUUACAGGCAGACCUACGAGAUUCCACUUGUUUGGAAAGGGCAAAGGUGGCAAGGGAUCUCUGAUCCCGUUUCGUGGAGGUGGAACCUUUGGUCAACGCGGACAAGGCAAAGGCUACCGCUUCGAAGGAAAAGGGCGACGAAAUCCCACCGGGCGCGACGGCAAGGUCAUGAAGUGCCUCACGAAGGGUUGCGAGAGCGAAUUUCACCUUGUUAAAUACUGCCCCCACCGACAAGGUAAAGGGCAAGGAAAAGGCAAUUUCGUCGCGAAUGGACCGCGACCGGUAUCAGCAGCCUCGGCAGCGGUGCCAUGGUUCGGACUCAACAACGCGUCAGCUACAGCGACAGCAGCGACGACAAGCAGGUCGGCCUACGGUUCUGGAUCGGUGAGCUUCUUUGCCACAGAGACACCCAAUAACGACAAUGAGCAGAGAGCGAGCGCGAGUGUGGAGGGCUCGCACGGUUUCACUGGCGUGGUGAUAUCGCCAGCGCAGCCAAAGGCCAUCGAGGACAAGGCCCCUGAGUGGUUUGGACCGAGACCGAUGGCGGAAAGCAUGGGGCCCCCAAUUACAGGGUCGGCAUUGUCCUCGGGCGAAGGACGCUACUUCCCGAUGCCGCCGACCAUGGGAACCACCAAGUUCGGGGAGAUCACGGACGUGCCAUCGGGACCCACGUUUGGAAUCGGACAUAUCUCGGGACUUUCAUCGAUAGUGGCCCCGAAGGACGAGGACGGAGAUAGAGCAAAGGAGCCACAUACCGCUGGAGUUCCUCUCCCGAAGACAACGAUGGAAACGACAGCGAAGACACAGCCGAUGGCAUCGGAUAUAUUCGGCAUCAAGAAGGCAGACGAGAAGCAGGAUACCUCCUCGAUCAACGUAGGCGGCUUGAUUUUCAGCCCCGUUCCAGCGAAGAUGGUGACCCCCCAGAGCGCGAGCAGCGGAGUUCAAGGCUCGGCGGCGAGCUGGGACAAGGUGUCGAGCGGGCCCGAGCAGCAGGUGGAUCUGUCAUCCUUCGACCUCGACUCCGAGGGCUACUUUCAGCCCGGUGGAGUGGAUUUCAGCGAUGAUCGUGGAGACUUCACUGGAGUUGUCUGGACCUUGGGGGGAAACCGUGAGGAGACCUACCUGGGGCACGAGCGCACCCGGCUUGAUGGCGGCGAGAUGGGCAUCUUCGUGGACCCGGGAGCGCACGGCAACCUCGUCGGAGAACGCUGGGCACGACAACAAGCGGACAAAGCCAUGCAGUACCAGCGCGACACGGAGAAGACUGAAUUGCGAGAACCCCUGGAAGUUAAUGGAGUUGGAAAAGGACCCGACUACUGCCACCAGCAGUGGAAGAUCCCCAUCGGCACGCAGGAGAUCUACCAGGAGGGCGAUGGCAGCGGCAACCUGGACACGUACACGGCGCAUGGCAUCUACAAGGAGUGCAUUCCGAGCAAGAAGUGGGCCAGCAUCAAGGAGAUCUUCGGUGACAAGAAGGAGAAGGAGUUGCGUUUCGUGGCGCUGCCGGACGCUUCCGGCUACUGCGGGCAGAUCUACCGCGACGUCGAGGAGCUGAGCGAGGACAGCGACCCCAAAAGCGCCUGCGACUUCUUGAAGACUGCGUACGAGCACAGUUGGCUGGGGGCGGAGACGAUCCUGAAGCUUAGACGAGAGGCGAGGAUGCGCGCGAAGAUGAAGUCGCUAACCGACACACCGAAGGAGGCCAAGAAGCAGAAGUUUGAGAUUGAGAACCAUUCCGACGACUGCGGAGACAGCAUAUUAGGUCUGGCCAUGGACGACUCCCCCUUCGCCAAUUACGAGGACACGGACAUCUACUCGGAUGACGACGACGACAUUAUCUUGUUCGUGGAGGGGGAGUCCUACGACGGCAACAGUUAUGCUUCAUGCCUGCGGGGA